AGGCAUAAUUUUUGUUGAUUAUAUUUAUUGAAGAAAAAGUGAAUGAAUAGAGAGUUGCAUAAAUGAAAUUAGGGGCGCUGAACCUGUGAAUGUGAUGUUAAAGGGAAAGUGCAUACUUUAUGGUUACAAGUGUAGAUCAAUUUAGGUGUAAUUAAACAGCAGAAGAAAUAUCGCGGAAACAUAUGCAUGUGUAUGCGUGUGAAUGGAUAUACAUAGGUGAGGGUAUUUUGACCCAGCAGAGAGGGCAAUCAGGACUUGCGAGUGAGCAAGCACUAGCUGAUGAUGAGAAUGAGAUUCCCGUGUUUGUGCUUGUGCGUGUGUGUGACGUGUGGUGCUGGUGAUCUUAUUUUCUGUGGGCGCUUGUUGCGUCGUUGAUGGUGAUGAUAUUUUAACAAUAUUUAUUUGAUAAUGUUUUUUUAUUUUUGAAUAUAGAGGAAUUAAAAAGUGAUGUUAGAAUAUUAUUAUUGGUGAGAAAGAAGUGACAGGGAUAAUAUUAGAAGAAAUGAUAGUAGGAAUGGUUGAUUUAAGAAGUAAUAAAGUUGGGUGAGUGGAUGGUGAGUAGUGUGGGUGAAGAGACAUUGACAUAGGGUUACAUUUGGAAUUAAAUAGAGCGUGCAAAGGCAGCCCAGCCAUUUGUAUUAGCUAUUUAUAGUUGAAGCGAAGACGGGGCACACUCUCUUUCUCUCUCUCUAUCUGUCUCAUAUAAUCUGAUCUGAGUAGCUGACAUGUCCAUCGAGCUUGAUUCUGAAUCCGUUCCCACUCCCACCUCCCAAGCCCAAGAGAGAUCCAACUCUCGGUGCGCCUUGUUAUUGCCGUGCUGCUUCGGCCCACGACGUCGUUCCUCAUGGUGGGAGCUGGUCCGCUCCAACUCCAAUUCAGGUCCAAGUGGAGAGCGGUGGUGGUCGCGGGGGCUUCGGGCUCUUAAGAAGAUUCGCGAGUGGUCGGAGAUCGUGGCAGGUCCCAGGUGGAAAACGUUCAUUCGCAGGUUCAACCGCAACCGCAACCGCGCCUCCAACUCCAACUCCAAGCGCACGCCCAAGUACCAGUAUGAUCCCUUGAGUUACGCCCUAAACUUCGACGAGGGGCAUAACGGGGACUUCAACGACGAAGCCACCUUCCGCAAUUUCUCCACCCGCUAUGCUGCCGUCAACGUCAAGUCGCUUUCCCCUAAGGCUCGUGACAUCGAUGAUGUCGUUUUGGUCUGAGUGGCGACUGGCGAGGUAGCAUUGGCUCUCCUCUGCCUGCCCCUUCGCUUCACUUUUCGCUUUUUGCUUUCAUUCGCUCCUUCAUUUCCCAUUCUACCGCCCAUUGUUUCAUUUUAAUUAUUUUUCUUUUCAUAUUGGUAUAUAGUAUAUACAUCGGAAUGGGUGCUUCUUAUUCUGUAUAUACACCUUUUUUUCUUUUUUCUUUUUUUAAAUUAAUUGGGUGUUUUCUGUUAAUGGUUGGUUUGGUUCUUGGGUGGGUGGAGAGGAGUAAAAAAAGAAGGCUUGGCUUCCAAUCCCGGAUAUCAUAAUAAUAGGUAGUAGUCCUAGUCAAGUAGUGAUCAUUAUUAUUAUAAUAAUGUGCAAGGAUAGGCCAUGGGUGGUGGGGAUUUGCUUUUCGAAUUGGCAAUUUGCAAUCAAUAAAAUGAGGCUUCCACGAAAUGAACAAGGAUUAGCUGUACAACUUGGGGCUUUCAGUAUCGCCUUUUUGUUUGGAGUGUCGUCUUCGUCACCCUUCAAAGUACUUGGUAGGGUAAAUUCAUAGGAACUUGUUCCACCACCUUCCCUUACUACUGUCUACUCAAUAAGUGACCCCUAUACUUACAGACAACAACUGCUCUUUAAUCUUUAUAUCUUUGGGUAAACCUAUUAUUUAUCAAUAAUUAGAUUAAGACAUUUCCGAAAUGCUUCUGCCAAUACCUUUUCAAUCAUUCUUCUAUUGUUACAUAUUAUCAACCGUUCCUUCCACGGAUAUUUCUUUUUCCAAAAGUUUGCUUCUUUGUUUUUUAAUUUUUUUUUUAUAAUAAUUUUCGGUAUGUUACUAUUGAACACAAAAUACAUGAGUAUAGCAACCUACAAGGUAUCAUCUAUAUGGUUAUACUUGGAUCA